AUGUCGGAGAAGCGGAUCUCGCGCUGGUAUUUCGGCGGUCUGGCGUCGUGCGGAGCCGCGUGCUGCACGCACCCGCUGGACCUCGUGAAGGUGCACCUGCAGACGCAGCAGGAGGUAAAGAUGAGGAUGGUUGGCAUGGCGAUGCAUGUGGUGAAGAACGACGGAGUGCUGGCGCUCUACAACGGCCUCAGCGCCUCUCUGUGCAGACAGAUGUCGUACUCUCUCACCAGGUUUGCCAUCUAUGAAACUGUCCGAGAUAUGAUGGGCAGUCAGGGGCCCAUGCCUUUCUACCAGAAGGUGCUGCUGGGAGCAUUUGGAGGGUUUACUGGAGGUUUCAUUGGGACACCAGCGGACAUGGUUAACGUCAGGAUGCAGAACGACAUGAAGCUGCCCCCUGAGCUCAGGAGAAACUACAAACACGCACUGGAUGGACUCUUCAGAGUGUGGCAGGAGGAGGGAACGAGGAAGUUGUUCUCCGGAGCCACCAUGGCGUCCAGUCGAGGAGCUCUGGUCACUGUAGGACAGCUGGCGUGCUAUGACCAGGCCAAGCAGCUCGUCCUGAGCACAGGAGUGAUGGGAGAUAACAUUCUCACUCACUUCCUGUCCAGCUUCAUUGCCGGAGGAUGUGCUACGUUUCUCUGUCAGCCGCUGGAUGUGCUGAAGACACGACUAAUGAACUCUAAAGGAGAGUAUAGAGGAGUGCUGCACUGUCUAUCAGAGACUGCCAAACUAGGACCACUGGCCUUUUACAAGGGUUUAGUUCCGGCUGGGAUCCGACUGGUUCCGCACACGGUUCUGACCUUUGUGUUCCUGGAGCAGCUGAGGAAAUACUUUGGAAUCAGAGUGGUCAGUUGAGUCUGCACAGUGGACAGCGGGCCUUGUGACCUCGUACUGCCAACAUUUCACCACCAAGCUGCAACCUGGACUGAGCUGGAGCUGAGAGUGCACCAUAUUACAGUCGAGAUGCACAGAGCCGAAACUGAGCUGUCUUCCAGCUCCAUUAAUACAAACACUCACUCACAUUCACUACUACGUAGACGCCUAGGUAGAUAGAUCCUCUACAACUGACCCUUGACUGGACACUUCCGGUGUUAAUGCCCUUUUAACGACUUUAAGUUCCACAUGCUGUAACUGUAAAUAACUGUUUUGAUCUGCAAUUAUAAUUGUCGUUUUGCUGUAGGCUUCUUUUAUGAAUGCAGUUACAUAACGACAUACUAGUUAUUCACAUGAUUUCCAUUCAAUUUACUGAAUUCCGAAGUCUGAAUUUUUGGGGGUUUUUUUGGUCAAAAAAAGACAUUGUUUAAAAAAAAAAGGGUUUUUUUUGUUGGUUUGUUUUUAAGACAACAGCAAAUUUUCAACAAAUUGAAUUUUAUAAUCAUAUUUUUUUUUCAAAAUUGUUUUGCUAAAGAUGUGAUGGCACUUCACACUCCUAGAACUGGUAGCAUCAGGUGAUUGGAGUACUAACUAGGGGGUGGAAUUGGGAAAAUUCUGGAAAAGUCCAAAAGAAACCCAAAAAAACUUGUUUUAAUGAGCAACAUGUCAGAAACAAUGUGUAGAAAACUACAGCCAAUGAUAAAUGAGACUUUUAAGGGUGACAAUACAGUAGUUUUCUAGUGGGAACAAGAUCACAAGCGAGUAGAUCCAGUCAUUUCUUUCAUGUUUACGUAAACAUUCCCCAGCCUAACUCCCACUGUGGGACCGCCAUACAAACCCAUUCAUCACAUUCAGAUCCUGCAUUCCACACGGCUGAUUCUUCACUACGAAGACGUGCACACUUGAUGAAAGCCUGGUGGCAGUGUAGACACGACUGAUUUGAGACGAGGCCAGCAGUUUUACAAACUAGGUUGUAGCCUAUGGAUUACAUACUGGAAGUAGGUAGUAAGAGCAGUAGAUGAAAAUGUACAUUAACUACAUUAAUUGUAAUACAUUUGAGAAAUUUUUGAUUGUUUUCAGGGACGAAUGCUUGAGUGCCUUGAUUAAAGUGUGUAUGUUAAUCCGAUUCUCUUCACAGUUGGGGUCAGUUCAAAGUCAUGCAUGUUCUUUUUAUUCAAAUUCUCAAUAGCAGCCCAUUUCCAAGCUUUUUGCCCCCAACACAAUAGCUUAUAAAUUGAGUCCUUGAGCCGCUCCUGGUGAAAUUGCAUGGACGCCAGCCGUCCUUAUGGUGCUCUGUAUUGUACACACGUAUACACAUAAAAGCUGGCAGCCCCGUCAAUUUUAAGGUACUUUAUUUUGCAUAACAUAUAUUUACUGGAAUUACUUGUUGCCUGGAUUCAAUCUGCCAUUUAAUAGAGUCCAGGUCCAUAAAAAGAAUUGAAUCUAUGCAGAUGCCAGUUUGUAUGUGGAGAAAAUAGUAUGUAAUCAUGAUAGGAAAUUGAAUGUGGUUUGUAUAAGAUGCACAUUGACAUGUUUGGACUGAUAUUUUUGCUUCUAUACAGACUCGAUUGCUGUAUUUUCUGGGAAACAAUGAUGUAUAUCAUGCAAAAUGGGACACAAACACAUUUCCAUGCAAUCUGUUAAGUUUGAUUAGCUGACGUGUAUUUUCAUUAUAAUGAAACCGCUCUGCGGUCAGUAGGGAUGGGCAAUAUGCCAAAAUAUGUCAUGAUACUACAAGACAUUUUCACAAUACACCAUAUGAAUUACAAUAUUUAGUUCUUCUGUUAUUAAACUAAGUUGAUGAACUAAAUGAAACCUGUAGCGCUACAUAAAAGAAAUUGCUGCUCGUAUCUCCUUUUCAGUUUUUAGCAUCAUUUGAAAAUGUCUGUUGCUCUUCACAUUGUGUGUAAGUGUUACGAUGAAUGAAGCACAAGAAAUGAACCAAAAUGACUUGGAAAAAGUCUGGUGCCAUUGACUUACAUUAAAAGUAGAGUAUGUUUUUCCUUCUUCUGUAAAGUUUCAGAGGUUUUGUUCUGACAAACGAUGAAAUACUAUGAUUUGCAAUGAUUUUUAUUCAGUGUUUUACUAAUUGCACUAAAUCCAUUUAAUCAAGCCUAUUUCUGUAGUCAUUGUUCUUUAAGUACUAACGAUGUCAAACUCAGAUUCGAAACUCAGAAAGCAUAUCGUCCCAUAAUUUAUCACGAUUCUGGUAAAGUAUCGUCACAUUGCCCACCCCUAGCGGUCAGAUUGUGAACUUUGGGUUUAUUCCUGUAAUAUUUAUAGUUUUCGAUACUUUGUAGAUGAUGUGAUGCUGCUGUAGUGAACUGCACUACUGAAUGACUAUGAAUUGUUUGUUAGAAUGUCUAAUGAAUGAAACUCCUGUUUUUAAUCUCACUCUGUGAUGUUAUGUAUGACACUGGCCUUAUCUAACUGACGCCUGAAGAGGGCACUGUGUAGUUGUCAGAUUACAGAUUACGUCGACUGACUGUACACUAUGUUCAAAAGUUUGGGGUCAGUGUUGUCUGUAAUGUGAAACCCAUUUAGUUGGGGAGUCGUGUAAAAUUUCAGCCUUUAACAGAAAAUUUCCAUUAUCUGUAAUGUGCAAAUAAAUAUGAAAUGAUUAAUAGACCUGUAGAUGACUGUACAGUGAUAAAGCUGCCUAACAUUUGAAAAUUAAAUUCUAUAGACAUUGA